GCGUGCACCGUGACUACAAAGCUGGCGAGGUCAUUUAACGUUAAUGAACGUGAACGGUGCAGUGGUAAAUCAAGUUUGUGAACACUAGUUUAGGAAACUUAAUUGUCACGUGAUAUUUGUAUGAAAUCUGCAAAAUCGUCUUGCAGUUUCAAGUGCAAUAAAGUGUGAUCGUAAUGUCGUUAAAUCACAUAAAAGCGGGUGUGGCUUGAUCGUGACGCGUGUGACGCAAUCCACUGGCUCGUACGACUGUGAUUUCCGGGUUUCAAAACGUUGAAUUAUUUAUUUAAAAAAAAAAAGAUUAUUCGUUGCUGUCACGAAAAAUAACCUUUCCUUAAAGAAAACAUGGCUAGUAACGAAAGGCACGAAAGAAAUCCAGCUAAUGACCCUGAAGAAAUUAUUCCGCUGAAAGAGAUAAUAGAAAAAACUGCCGAACCUGUUGAUGAAGCAAUCGACGUACCAACUGUUGCUGCAGCUCCGAGUAAUCCUCGCGACAACGUUGGAGUGGACGAUGGUUUGCUCGAUGAUGGCAAUGCUGCAGGUCCUACCGGUCCUAAACCAUAUCCAGCCGGUCCGGAUGCGACCGAGCCAGGAGAAUUUGACGUAGAGGAACCGGAGAUAGGAGGCGGAAGAGGAGAACACCCUAGGCCAGAGCCUAGACCUAGACCACGUCCAGCCGGUCCGGAUGCGACCGAUCCAGGAGAAGUUGAUGUUGAGGAGCCGGAAAUAAGCGGUGGAAGAGGGGAACAUCCACGGCCGGGGUCCAGACCUAGAUCACGUCCAGAUAAUCCAUGGAAACCAGGGGGUCCAAUGUAUCCGCAUGACCGUCCUGAUCCAUCCGUCAAUAAUGGCAUCAAUUACACUACCAAAAAGAACAUUGCUCAAGGUAUGAUGGAUAUCGCUCUGUUAACGGCGAACGCCAGCCAAUUGCGGUACGUCAUGCGAUCCCCUUAUUGGGAUAUCUACCAUCAAGUGAACAUCACACUCAUUUCAAUCAGCAUAGCUCUCCAGAUAAUUGUGGGGGUGUUGCUUGUCUUCAUCAGCCGCUACGACUACAAGAAGAAGGAAAGUAAAGACGUGACACAAAUCAUGAGCGAUGUUGUAGUCAUCUUCAUUUUCGCCAUCACGGUCGUCAAUAUUUUCAUCGCUACAUUCGGGGUAGAUGACGAGCGAACGACAUUUCUUCGUUGGAAGCAAGCAACCACUGGCGACGCAUCUUCCGAACCACUUUUCGUAAUUUCAAAUGUCGCCAAUUCAUCUCACGUUCACCCUUAAUUGUGUACCAAAAUUAAAAUGUAUUAACUUGUUUUAAAACUAAAUUCUGUUAGUGAUAGAAAUUAAAUUUCUUUUGGUAUAGGGGCGAGUUAACCUUCUUAAGUAAUUCUGAGUAUUCAAAGGAAUACGUAAGAUUUUUAACAUGUCGAAAAUGCCAGUGAAACAAUCACUUUCAAUGCAUAUCGAUUUUUGUUAAUUGUAGAAUGCGUGUCUCCCACGCAUGUGAUCCGGGUUUGAUUUCCGUUCAAUACGCCACGAUCUGAACUGUAAAGUUUUUAUUACCGUGAAAAAGGCUCAUUGCCAAAUAAAAUUGAAAGGUGUUGUUUGCCAAUAAAAUUGUGAAAAUA